CCCCCGGAGCCCCGCGGAGCCGAGCUCUGCAGCCGCGGCCGCGCCUCGGGGGGAGCCGGCCGUGGUCGCCUCCACGUCGGCCUCGGGCUGCCGCCGCACCUCGGCCCCGGAGCGCAGGCGUCGGCGGAGAAUCCGGGAGAGGCGUGCGUGUGUGCGAGAUAGGAGCCGCGCUCUCGUCACCUGUACCUACUGCGGGCUCCUCGCACCUCGAGGCGGCAGGUGGGGAUCAUGACACAGAAGGGCGGUGUGAAGCCGGGGAAGAAAAACAAAGCCGAAGAGCCCGAAUUGGAGCCCCUGUGCUGCUGCGAGUACAUAGAUCGAAACGGGGAAAAGAACCACGUGGCUGCUUGUUUGUGUGACUGCCAAGAUCUCGAUGAGGGAUGCGACAGGUGGGUUACGUGUAAGUCGGUGCAGCCAGAGACCUGCGAGAGAAUCAUGGACACGGUUUCUGAUCGCCUCCGAAUUCCUUGGCUGAGGGGGGCCAAGAAAGUUAACAUUAGCAUCAUUCCCCCGCUCAUCCUACUGCCCGUCUUCCUCCGCGUGGCCUCCUGGCAUUUCCUCCUGGGGGUGGUGGUUUUGACCUCCCUUCCCGUGCUGGCCCUGUGGUACUACUACCUCACUCACCGAAGGAAAGAACAGACUCUGUUUUUCCUGAGCCUCGGACUGUUUUCUCUGGGCUACAUGUACUAUGUGUUCCUGCAGGAGGUGGUCCCCAGAGGGCGCGUGGGGCCCACUCGGCUGGCUCUUCUUACCUGCGGGUUGUUUCUGAUACUCUUAGCCUUGUGCAGAGCCAAGAAGAAUCCAGGCUACCUCAGGAGCCCGGCAGGCAGCGAGCGGCCCGGGAGCGGCGGCCAGGACAAGGCCCGGGGGCCUCUCGGCAGCCGCGCGCCGAGGGAGGAGCUUCGGGGCCCCUCCGGGGUGCCGGCCGGGAGCCCCGCCAAGGUGAAGGAGGACUGGUGCGCCAAGUGCCAGCUGGUGCGACCGGCGCGCGCGUGGCACUGCCGGAUCUGCGGCAUCUGCGUGAGGAGAAUGGAUCACCACUGUGUCUGGAUAAAUAGCUGUGUUGGAGAAUCAAAUCACCAAGCAUUUAUACUUGCCCUUUCGGUCUUCUUGCUCACUUCGGUGUAUGGGAUCACACUGACCUUGGACACCAUCUGUAGAGACCGAAGUGUCUUCACAGCUCUCUUCUAUUGUCCUGGAGUUUAUGCAGAUUACAGCUCGGCUCUGGCCUUCACCUGUGUGUGGUACUCCGUGAUCGUCACGGCGGGCAUGGCCUACAUCUUCCUCAUUCAGCUGAUUAACAUCAGUUACAACGUCACCGAGAGGGAAGUCCAGCAGGCCCUGCGUCAGAAGACGGGGCGCCGGCUCCUCUGCGGGCUCAUCGUGGACACAGGCCAGUACAAUCGGGGCUUCCUGCGGAACUGGCACCAGUUCUCCACGCUGGGCGCCCCCCCCUUCCACCACCCUGCCGAGGACAUUGUCUGAAGUGCCUUCUGUGUGGCUCUGUGAGGGGUGGCCCGCCCUCUGCUCCCGUCCAUCGAACACUUCAGUGUCCGCGCAGGAUGUUCAUUUUUAUCCCCAGUUUCUUAAAGGCUAUAUAGGGCCACGCUCAGGUUUAGACACUGGACUGGGAAGAAAUGAAUUUUUCUGACUUCAACUUAAGAGAUUUUUAUAUCAAAGCAGUGAAAGUAGAGCCAUUCUUUUCCAGUCACCUUGUUAACUCACUCAGUCACCAGGAGUGGAAAAGGAUGUGGAUUGCUAGUGCACAGAUUGAUAGAAGCAAUGCCCAUCCGUUAGGGGAGAAAGAGUUUGCAUCAGGAGGGUUUCCAGUCCCUCUUUCAGUUCCUGAUAGCCAUGUGACCCUCAGUUGAGUCGCUUCCCCAAGUCUCAGGUUCAUCCGUAAGUGGGGUGCUGACGCCGGCUCCGGCCACCUCACCGUGUGAGGGUCAUGCGAGGGACGCGGUAUGUGGGAAGCACUGGGAAGUGACUGCAGCACCCAAGAGGGAUGAAGUAUUAUUAGGAAAACUCAAAGACCGAGAGAAAUGUUUGUAGGUCAGAGUACUGAAGCCAAAACUACCAGAGUAAUCCAUUUUCAGCAUUUCAGAAUGAAAGAUCCUGCGAUACCACAUUGUACAGUUGCGGGAAUCUCUCUUUCUGAAGUAUGAGACGUUAACUACUCAGGAUGGUCGGAUGGACGCACACCGUCCCCUGAUCCUGAAGGCACCGUCGAUAAGCUACGAUCGGUAGGAUAAUACAGUGGUUGUGAGUUUAGAUGAUGAGUCCUUAUGUUUAUCUCUUUGUUUCUAUAUAUUGUUUGGAUUUACACUAAAUAGCUCCAAACUCCAAAGGCAUUACUGUUUAUUUCCUCUUUCCGUGUUUCACCUGGGAAGGUGCUAGCACACUUAGGAUGAGGCUGGAAGAGGAGAACAGACACCCCUGUGGGGAGCACUUCACUCUCGCUCCUGGGUAAUGUGGCUGAUUAAUAAUCAAGGGCUUGAUUACCUCCCUGCACCCCCAGGAAGUAAUGCAAAUGCCGUCAGUUAUAGCACUCGGUUGCAAAAACCAGUUUUCUGGCGCAAACUCUCUGAGAAGUUGAUUGACCAAGAGGUCAAUCCUUGCACAUGACUUCUCAUUGACCUUUUCCUAGAAAUCUCCCUUGGAGAGAAAAAACAGGGUAUAUGUGCUUUCCGCUAAUUCAUGGCUUAUGGUUCUUCCCUGGCUCUUCCUAAGAUCAUGUUAUUUUAAUCAUAUCUUAAAACUGAAAACAUAUGAAAGAUUAAAUAUUUGUAGAGAACGGGUCUGUUCUGCCAUAGAGGUAAGAUGAGGCACUUUUGGAUGGGGAAAAUACCCUCUUGAAAUAUUUGGUUUUAUACACGUACUAAUUUUGCAAUCCCAAAGAAAAUUCAUGAGUCCCUAAAUUUGCUUUGGUUUAUAGCUUAAUGUAGGGGAAAUACUGCCAGCUGUUUCAGUCUGUGCGUGCAUGCUGCUGUCAUAAGAAGUUCAUACGUGUUGCGAGGAAGUACUGCUACUUCCUGCAACUCUACCCUCGGUGGCUGGCACCAUCCCUAGACCUGCCGCGAAACAAAACUGUCCUCCAGACAGUCACCACAUUUUUAUACAGGCUUGUCGCUGCUCUCCCCAGAGAUGGAUUGUUUAACCAGUGAGAGGCUCCGUAUUCCACUGGGAUGAGCCAAAGAGCAAGUCUGGGGAUGUUAGCAGUCUGCGGUUUCUCCAGUGAUGCCCUUGCUCUGGCCCAGAGUCAAGCAUUCAUUUGGAAUUAAUGUUGGAUCCCAUAGAACGAGUUCCUUGCUGCUAGGUUUGCGAUAAGAGAGGAAUAAGGUCAGGGCCAGCACAUGUGGCCAGGAAUCCCUAGUUGCGGUCUCUCGGAUGCCAGAUGUACCGCCAACUCUGAUCUCCUAACAUUAGAUGAUAGAAUUCCUAGGAACAAUAAGAUAGUGAUUUAGCCUCUUGCCGAAUCUUUAACAGCCAUCAAAACAGGACACGAUAAAGAUAAGUGGUACCCAGAAGACCACGAUCAGGUAGGAGAGCUAGGAACGACUGCCAGUUUUAUCACGGCACCCCCCCCCCCGAUGGCUUACCUGCAGGAGCCCCGCUCAGAUUCCCUCCCCUGUGGGAGGACUCCUUCUAUAGGAUUCCGGCUGGUUGGAAUCAAGGUGCUUGUUUUCAGUUCCUUGAGGUCUUCGCAAUUGGCAUAUGCAGGAGAAAGUCCGAGGGUUUGAAAAGUGCAGUAGCUGUGUGGGGGUAGAAGCCUACUGAAGUAUUUGCAACCAACAAGGGGCUGUCUGGGAGCAGGGUUUCUCUAGGCCCUGGGACACCCUCCUACGUCUGCACUUCUAGAUUCUUACAUCUGUUUAUGACCCGGAACGAUUUGAGGGAUUUUGUCCUUUUAAAGGACAAGGCUUGUGAACGACUGAGUCCCAGAGAAACCAGUGGUGGUGGUGGUGGUGGUGACGACGACGACAGCCGUGGGGACACUGCUUUGCAAACCUAUGAGCCAGCAGUUUGUUGGCCAUGAGGGCAAGCCCUCCGCCGCCCCCAGCAUAGUUCCCUUUCCUCCCCCACCCUCCCCUCCACUUCCUCAGCCUGUUAGUAAACAUAGGGAUACGGAGCUCGGCAAAUGAUCUAUGUUCUGACCUCCUCCAUUACGGUCACGCCAUUGUGUAUAGUUCCUGGGAAGGAGAAGUGGGUCCUUUUGGAAGAUUUAAGGGAAAAAUAGUUGACGAUCAGGAUCGAAUGAAAGGAGAAGGUCCUUCAGUAUUUAAAAUGUUGGUUUUUUUUUUUUUUUAAUGAUAACCCAAAAAGUACUUUGUGGUCAUAGCUGGGCCCACUUGAAAUGAAGUGACCAAUAAGAAGCCUUAAGUGAGUUUUAGGGACCCUGCUGCUCAUGUCACCUCAGCCUCCGCUGUGUUUGCUUAGGAUACUGGGAACCUUGGCCAUUCAAGUAGUGUUGUCCUUUAGUGAAUAAAGUAAUUGCUGUCUUCCACUGUGCCACCUGCCUAGCAGAGACUGCUACAGGCCUCCUCUAAUGCAAUAGCCCUUGGUACUCCUAAUAUUUUUAGUAAGAGAAAGUUUUCUAUACUAGAAUCUUCCACUGCCAGAAAACACAAUGCCAGGAUGGUUUCUCUGUAAUACCAACCAUCUGCUUCAGAGACUCUCUUUCCUUUGGGUAGGACGUUAGCUUUUUAUUACAAAACUCAACUAACAUAAGCAAAAAUAUGAAAUCUAGAAGCACAGUUUUAACCAGGAUGUUUAACAAUGCUUUGUGACGUUUAAGGGUCUCUUUAAACGAAGUAAGUAGGUUUAUAGGACUUCAUUUUAGCCAUAUUUAGGUACCCUGCCUUUGCAAAAAAGAGAAUUUCCUCAAACAAGCGAGGGAUGAUAGAGACUUUUGGUCGCAGCACCUGUUUGGAAUCUGGUCUUCUCGUCAGCAGCGUGGCAAGUAUGCCAUUUUAUAUUAAACACUGCCAAGGUGAUGCAGGGGAGAAAGGAGAGCUCUGCUCACCUUCGCGCGGAAUAAAAUCUCCUGCGUUCUCGUGGGUGUUUGCUGUGAUUAAUAGAAACGUUUUGCAAAGCCAGCUAAAUGUGAUCCUGUUGCUAAUGGACUGUUACCCCAGUUCAGUUGGCACCAAGUGCUCUCCUGUAGCAGCAGCAGCAGCCAAAGACGGAAUGGUUAACGGAGACCAAUUUCUUAGAGGUUGUGGCUAUUUCCAGCUAUUUCUGAGUUGGGCUUUUGACUUACUGCCACUCUAGCCUUCCUGGUGGCACCUUCAUGUCUAGAAAAUUCAUACUUUAAAGGCAAAGCUUUAAAACCAGAGCUUAGUCUAUUCUAGUGACUGAUGCACCAGACAUCCCUCCCGUCUUUCUUCCCGGGGCACCGCUGACAUGAUGCCAUGUUCUAGACCUUGCAAGCUCAGCCUGCUCUGAUCCCGUGGCCUGGGGGAUUCGAUGGCUUACGUUGUUAGGGCUUUUGAAGAUUUUCAUUUGAUUACAUUUCUGGGUCUGAUGUUAGGCUAAAGGAAGCCCGGGAAUAUUUAAUAUUAGAUACUUAAUGUAACUGGCCCAGCAACACUAAAGGGGAUUCCCGACGCCGGCGCUGGAGGCUGCGGGCUAAACGUUUUGCACUGUUUUUAUACUUGUAUUCAUAUCCUCUUAUCACCUCAGACUCAGACACAAGGCCUUUUAAAUGGAGAUUUAAAAAAUUACUGCCAUUUAUGUAAAAUAACGUACUGUGACCAAGUUGCUUAAAUGGAAAAUAAAGUGCUUUCUUUAAGGGAA